CGAAUUUCGAAUUCGCAUGGUGGCUGUAGUGUCGUGUUGCCAGGUCUAUACGGUCACCAGGAAGGUGAGUGAGUAUUAUGACCGAUCCUUCCUCUCUUGCUGUGGACUACUUCCUCGUCCUCGACUUUGAGGCCACGUGCGAAGAGAAGCGCCGACUGGUGCCUCAGGAGAUCAUCGAAUGGCCGGUGGGGAACAAACAGGCAGCACCGCAGCACCGAGAGGGGGCUUGACGUACGUAUGUGGGUUGACCUGUGGCCUUCAGGUUGUGAAGGUGAAUGCACACACGUGCUGCAUCGAGGACCCUGCUUUUCAUCAGUACAUAGCGCCUCAGGCGCAUCCCACGGUGACUCCGUUCUGCACACAACUCACCGGCAUCACACAGGUGAGGGACAGGAGGGAUGGACGGCACGGCGCCGCCUGACUGCAGGCCCAAGCCCAUGGCCAUCGAGUGAGUGCAUGGAAACGAUGAACGACAGACAUAGAUCCAGACACAUACACAGGCUGUCUGCCUUUUGCAGCCCAUGUGUUCUGUUCGUAUAGGAAAUGGUGGCUGGGCAGCCGCCCUUCGCUGAGGCACUGCAACGGUUCACGGCGUGGAUGAUACAAAACCGUGAGCAUAUAGAACACGAGACCAGCGGCUCGACGACAGGAGGCACGUGUUUUGCUUCAGGCUUGGCAGCUCCAGCCGUGCCUCAGGACAGCAGUGAGGAGGAAGAGAUCACCCCCACCGUCCCCCCUCUUCGCUCGGUGUUCGUCACGUGUGGUGUAGGUUCAAUGCAUGACACAUCCUGUCCAUCAAACACCCCCACACACGUGUAUAUCACCUGCACCUUUUUGACGCCCCCCCUUCGCUCGUUGCGUAGGACUGGGAUCUCAAGACCAUGCUGCCCGCUCAGUGUGCGGUGUCGGGGGUGGAGGUGCCGCUGGCGAUGAGGACGUGGAUCAACAUCAAGAAGGUGUGCAGACUAAAUGGGUUGCUAGGGGCAGCGAAACGGCUGUCAUGUGCUGUUGCUGAUCUGUGCAGGUAGCUUCCCACUGUUUCAGUCGCAGAAUCGACGGCAUGCCCGCCUUGCUGCAGCGCUGCGGGCUGUCGCUUGAGGGCAGGCACCACAGCGGCAUCGACGACGCUAUCAACAUUGCGAGGUGCUGGGUGCACCUGAUCAAGUACAGAGGGGGAGGAUGGCAGGAUGCUCACAUGCAGCCACUAUCUGUAACGUUCGUUGCUGUGUUUGGACCAGGACCUACCCCGAAUUGAGGACAGCUGAGGGCAUCGCCCCCUGGCUCACUCGCAACACUGCAAUGGUAGCACCCCCUGGAGCAGAGGGAAGUCAAGGGAAGAUAGCUUGAUGUGGCGGGUUGUUUCUGUGUCAUGCGGGUCGUAAGCUGUGGAUUGUGAUGAGCGAUGCUGCGUCGACAGGCAAUAGAGAUCUUCAUGCCGCCUGCAUGCAGACCACAUGUUCCCCCAGUGCCAAUCGUGUAUCCCCAAGGCCAACCCAAUGCCAUUCUGUUUGAGCGAACGCGGCUGGUGCAUGCAUGAGGCGUUGAGAUGAAUAGCGGUCAGCAGGAC